AUGAUUGUUGCAGGUAUUCGCAAAGGCAUUUGUGCGAAUGCGGUGAUGUACGGAAGGGCGGCGACCAUAGGUCAUGUGCCUUUUAGCCGCUCCUACGUAACUCCCUCAGCAAAUCAACCUAUGGCGACUAUUGCGGACCAGCGGCAGGCCAAGGCGAGUACGGUGGGGGGCACAGAGACCCUUGAACCGCUCGCAAAUGAGGAUGUAUUUUUCAAUGUGUUGGAAAAUGCAGAGAAGGAUCGUCCAGCGACCCGGCCGAUCUACCUUGAUGCACAGUCCACGACUCCCCUCGACCCUCGUGUGUUGGACGCGAUGAUGCCUUUCUAUGUCGACCAGUAUGGAAACCCUCACUCGCGCACGCAUGCGUAUGGGUGGGAGUCUGAGUCUGCCACAGAUGUGGCGCGCAAGCACAUUGCCUCGCUAAUCAAUGCGGAUCCGAAGGAAAUCAUUUUUACCUCGGGCGCCACAGAGAGCAAUAACAUGCUCCUCAAGGGUGUGGCAAAUUUCUACUACCCCAAGAAGAACCACAUUAUUACCACACUAACGGAGCACAAAUGUGUCUUGGACUCGUGUCGCUUUUUGCAGGAGAAAGGCUUUGAGAUCACGUACCUUCCGGUCCGUUCCAACGGCAUCGUCAACAUUGACGAUCUUAAGGCUGCUUUGCGCCCCACUACUGCCGUUGUGUCCAUCAUGACUGUCAACAACGAGAUUGGUGUAAUACAGCCGAUAAAGGAAAUCGGACAAUUGCUCAAGACUUAUGGCGCGGAACUCGCCAAAGAGCUCGGUCGUGGCACGCCCAAGCCAUUCUUCCACUCGGACGCUGCACAGGCACUUGGUAAGAUCCCGAUUGAUGUGAACGAGGCUGGGAUUGAUUUGAUGAGUAUGUCGAGUCAUAAACUGUACGGCCCCAAGGGAAUUGGUGCGGCGUAUGUCCGCCGUCGCCCCCGUGUGCGUCUCGAGCCUUUGAUCAGCGGCGGCGGUCAGGAGCGUGGAUUGCGCAGCGGUACUUUGGCCACGUCGCUCGUCGUUGGAUUUGGUGAGGCCGCUCGCAUAGCAAAGGAGGAUCUUCCUUAUGACCACGCGUAUAUCUCUGCGUUGGCCAAGCGUCUCCGUGACAAUAUUAUGUCGCGUGUCGAGAUGGUGAUGCUGAACGGUGAUCCCAAGGGCUAUCCCGGCUGCACAAACUUGACGUUCAGCUACAUUGAGGGCGAGUCGCUGCUGAUGGCGCUUAAAGAUAUUUGUCUUUCAUCUGGCUCUGCGUGCACAUCUGCUUCGCUAGAGCCGUCGUACGUGCUCCGUGCGCUUGGUUUGGACGAUGCGAAUGCGCACUCUAGUUUACGUUUCGGCAUUGGCCGCUUCACGACCGAAGAGGAGAUUGACUUUGUUUGCGACAAGAUUGUGAGCGUCGUCACCCGUUUGCGCGAGCUGAGCCCGUUGUGGGAGAUGGUGCAAGAUGGUAUCGAUUUGAAAUCAAUCCAAUGGUCCGGAUGA